GUGACAAAAAUCCUAUUCGAAAUGAUAAUGCUAAGGAUGUCGAGGAAGGUAGUUUAUCUAAACAAACAGGUCCUCAUACCUCCUUUGAUAUGUAUGCUAAUGAAGAUGAAGAAAAAAGUGUACGCGAAAGUGUAUUACAUAAAGAAAAACAUAAGAAGGGAAGAAACAAAAUAAAGGCAGAUACUGAAUCUAUAAAAAACCGAGAAUACGUCGUGUUGUGGUUCGGAAGUCAACCAGAACCCGCAGGUUUCUAUAGCGAAGAUAAAGAGGAUCGAAAUGAUUUCGUCCGAAAAGUCUUCAUCAUUUUGUUUAUUAUGCUGCUCGUCACUUUUGGGUUUAAUUUACUAGUAAUGAUGCACGAGGACUUGAGAGACUUCUUCAGAGAGUAUUUUCUCUAUAUAAUGAUUCCUUGCAUCAUUGUUUUGGCGGUAAUGGGUUGUUGUAUGUCAACCUUGGAAUGUUGCCGGCGAAGCCCUACAAACUACAUAUGUUUAAUAAUAGUUGUAAUAUUGUAUUCUCUAUUUUGCGCCUGCUACACCGCCCGCUACCGCACGCAUAUCAUAGUCAUAGCGCUGGUUGCAACGCUCGGGGUAGUAGCGGUCUGCGUCGCACUGGCGUGUACUAAUUUCGACUUCACGAAAUGCAUACUAUAUGUAAUAGUUGUCUCCGUUGCAUUGUCCCUCCUCGUCUUAAUCGUCGUGAUCAUGAUGUUGGUCUUCAAUGUGUAUUCGAAACCUCUCAUGUUAGCACUCAUAUUUGUCUUGACUUUAGUCAAUGUCGUGAUGUUUAUAAUUGAGCUACAGAUGGUGUUAGGAGGAAAAUCUGUCGAAUUGGGUGAGGAAGACUACGCUUUGGGAGCAUACAUGCUGUACACGUCCAUCGUACAGCUCUUCAUAAACAUUCUUUUAAUGGCGGGCUUGGCUGACAGUUGAAAAA